AAUGUGUCUUGUCAUUAAAUUGUUAAUUUUGCACUAUGAACAUCUCUCAUCCAUAUCUAAAUAUGCACGGAACGACCACAACUUUGAGGGCUUGUAAAUGUCGAUUGACCGCCCGUGGUUUAUUUUUAAGUUUUUUUACACUGAUUGUUGUGUGUUUCCUGUUCCUUUUAUUUGAAUCAUCUAUUUCAUUUUAUACUCUUAAAGCAAUCUCAAUAACAAGACAGGCAGACACGACAAAUGUAUCAAAUCAUGCGUCUUACUUCAACUUUACAAACUCAACCGUAUUUAAAGCAAUCGGACCAUUCCAAUUACCAACUACCGCGAACAGUGACUUACGAUUCGAAAACAAGCAAAAUGUUCGUUUCGACCUUGAAGCGGAUAUUAUUAAAACAACCAUAGCUUCCAGCCAGCCACAUCUGCCACUUAAUGUAACCACUUACAAAAAAGAUGCAUUUGUUGAUCUGAAUUUAACACGAACCGAAUCAACCACUAAUGGCACGAUACGUAAUUCCACAGAGCGCCAGAGUGAAUGCAAUAAUUGUUUUAAACAUGAUUUUGAGUAUGUUAUUCAGAACGACCACAUCUGCGACACAUUGGACACGAGCGAACACAUAGAUCUUCUGAUAUUCGUUACCACUGUGCAUCAUAAUGUCUUAAAUCGACAGACGAUACGGCGGACGUGGUUGUCAUACACUAAUAACAAUACUGCAAAUGCAAGGCACGUUUUCCUGUUAGGAAAAACAGCAGAAAACAGUUUACAAGAAUCUGUGAUGAGGGAAAAUGAAAUAUAUCACGAUAUCGUUCAGGAGACCUUUAUAGACAGUUACAAUAAUCUAACAUAUAAAACCAUCAUGGGAUUUAAAUGGGCCGCCACAAAAUGUUCUAAUGUAAAAUUUGUUAUGAAAACAGAUGACGACAUGUGGGUCAAUGUUCCUUCGAUAAUAAAAAUGUUGUCGGGAACCGGUAUGGCAAACUAUUUACAAACAGGACUGACCGGCUAUUGUCACCAAAAAGCAUCACCAAUCAGAGAUAAACGUUCUAAAUGGUACGCCUCCUUCAGUUCUUAUCCGGAGGAGUUUUUUCCAGGCUUUUGUUCAGGGACUGGAUACAUGACCAGCAUAAAAGUCGUGUCGGAUAUUUACCAUGUUUCUCCGCAAGUGCCUUUCUUCCAUUUGGAAGACGUCUACGUUUCAUUGUGCGUUCGGCGACUCGGAUAUUUGUUAAAACAAACUUCAGGUUUCCUCGCAGGGCCCAGUAAUAUAUGUGAUUACAAAAAGGAUAACGUCUUAACAGUUCAUCAAGUUACACCUUCGAAGUUGAUUGAGAUAUGGAAACAGGUUUGCAAUCCUGCUUGACUGUUAAUCCUUAUGAGUCAAAAACAGCAAACCAUGUGCAUAACUAUUGUUAUGAAAUAACUGUAGUUUUUUAUGUAUGUGAUUUUCAGAAAACUGUAGUGAGGAAUUAGUUUGAACAUUCUUUUUCUACGAUAAGAAGUAGAAAUUGCUCGAAAAAAUGCAUGAAUAUGAUUCUUAUUUUUGAAGUGUUCUGUAACUUGAUUAACCCAUACACUCUUAAUGAAAUAUUAUUUAAAAAGCAAUAUUUUAAAUAUUGUUCCCAUGUAUUUGAAAAUGAGCUGCAUAUACUUGUUCUGUCAUGGAGUAGUGGAAAGCGUAUCCAUCUAUCCACCGGAGGAUCAUGGCUUUGAUCCCAAUUGUGGGAUUGUUCCUUCGAUACCCUACCAAAAAUACACAAAUUACUGGUUAUACACGGCAAAUGGUCUCGAGAACAUUUUGAUGUAACUAUAUUUUAUCAUUUUUGCAUGAUGUGGAUUUUUAGUUAUAUUUUAAGGUAAAAGUGUGAGUUUUGUUUGAUGAAUUUAUAGUUUAGUUCAUUAUUAAUUUAAUUACGUAUAUUCAAGGUCAAUACCAUUUGUUUGAUGGAUAAUGUUGACAAUUUACUCACUCGAUUGUUUUUAUAAAUGUUUUAAAUUUAAACAUAACAGCUUAGUACAACAAUAAUAAUAUACGUGUUCUUCCACGUUCUACAUACCGUAAAAACGUCUGUACCAAAAGUAACAGUUACACAACAGCAAACAUAUUGAGGUAAACCUGGAGUGAAAAAGUAAAAGUAAACGUGCUAAUAAGGUGAAUUUGUUAGCUGUGUAUUUAUUGAUAAUUGUUUAACAUGAAACUUGUGUCAUUUUGUUUUGAAAAUCUAUAUUCAUAACUCACUGGUAUUGCUGACUACACUUAACACGACGCACGCAUAAGAAUAAGACAUUUCACCAGUGGGUCUAUAAAAAACAUGAUAUAACCUCGAGUUUUUCGUUGACCCUAUUUCUCAAGAACAAGCACUUGGCAUUGAUCUGAAUAAGAAAAUGUUGGUUAUUGUUUCAAUUGAUAUGCUUCCGUAUUUAAAGCGGUUGAUAUAGAUUAAAGAAAUGCUAAACUUAAAUACGGUAAUCGUGCCCGUACAUACGUGAAACAAAGUCAUAAACAUAGCCAAGUUAGAAGAGUAAAUUUAUGUCAAGCUUGUAUUAUAUUCAGAAGACGUCAUCCGGAAAUCUAUUUUCGUUAGAGAACCCAUCUUAUAUAAAGGUAUACACUACGCUG